AUGGAUUCUUGCUCUGAUGAUAUCUGUCAAGCUACAGACGAAGGCUUAGCACACUUUCAUCGGGUUCGCAGGACGGUGGGCCAAGGACUUCUUCGCACAAUUCAACAGUCUUCCUUACGCGACAAUUCUCCUUCGGUUUUCGCCCCCUGCCCAGUUCACCAGGUGCUUCAGAAACUAGUCCACAACUGUCACCAGUCAUACUCGUUGUUCACGCAGGAUGACGCCGCCUACGGCAUUGCAUGGAAGGAUCUCGUUAACCGAUCGGAUGGUACCAACAAUUCAGCAGUCGAAUUCACAUACACAUCUGCUCCCGGAUUAUUGGCACCGCUCCAUUCUGGCCAUGUGGGUCUCUACGCAGCCGGUGGGUAUACGUCCACAUUGAAAGGUCCCGUCGAUGAAAUGCUGGCCAAAGUUGACUGGUUGCGGGAUAACCAGUGGAUCAACAACGUAACAAGAGCAAUUUUUGUAGAAUUCACGGUCUUCAAUCCAAACACGGGACUCUUUGCCUUCGUGACAGCCCUUUUUGAGAUGCCCGGCAUAGGCGGUUUGUUGCCCAGCUUCCAUAUAGAGUCGGCCGACUUUCUGAAAUUUUUAAACGCCAGUCUCUCGCCAGGGCAAAUUUUCCUACAGGUAGUUGUCUGGUCUACAGUCGAAAUCAUUUUCUAUCCGAUUCACGAGAGGGCAACGUGA